ACACGCAAAGGACAUCUUCCGUUUUCUUUCUUUGAAUCGUGGCUUCUCAAAAGAGACAACUUUUCAAAAUUACACUCUUUUAGCAAAUAUAUACAUCGUUUCUUUCUCCCAUGUCCCAUCAAAUCACCAUUAUUUUUUUUCGUGCUUUAGAGCACCAUUAAGCACCUAGCACCAUUAACCCUGGAUUAAUGGUGCUUAAUGGGUUGGUUACUGAUUUCUAAAUUAAAAAAAAGGAAGUAAUUAGAGAAGAAGCGGUGCUUAAUUAAGCCUCAGAAGAGGCGUUGCUUAGUGGACAUGUGUUGCCCACUCCGCGCCCCUUUCUCUCUCUCACGAAACGCAAGCUUGCUGGUCAUCUUUGCUCGGAUUUUUCUCGCAGAAAUCGACGCUGAGAUUCAGCGUGAUGAGGAGAUCGUGGACGGCGACGGCGAGGAUAUUGGAGCAAGAGACGGUGUUGGGACAGGCGAGCUCGAGAGCGGUUUUGGGCGGAUCACAACGUCGAAUCCGUCUCCGGGGAGGGAGAGGUUGAUGGGGGAAUCGCGUUCGACGGCGUUGAAAGCGGUGGAGGAAACGAGGAUGGAGAAACUUUUGCUUAUUUGGAUCCAAAGUUUUGAUUUUUAUCAGAGAUCUGAUCGUGGGUUUACGAUUGAUCGAUUCCUUUUGCUUAAAGUUUGCAUCUUUGUUAUGAUUCCUUGAUUUUUCAAGUUUCUGUUUUUAUCAGGUUGGCUCAAUCUCUACGAGAGAUGGUUGAGUGCAGUGUAUGUCGUUCGAAGAUGGUUUCGAGGGCUUAUGUUUCUUAAUUGACUUAAAUGUCUACUACAUUAUAGUAUCUAGUACCAGUUGCUAGAUGUUGUGUCUGCAUAAUGGAAAAGUAGUAGAAGUUCAUCAACUCUGGCUAGUUUUUGAUAUUGUUUAACCGAUCAUACGAAUGUGAAAAGAGAUUCCAUUAAGUUCUGUUCAUAAAGUUAUUUUUUUAAUUUCCAAAUCACUACUCUUUCCUCGAGUCUCUCGCGUUUUUGUAGACGGUCCAUUGAUACUUGAGUGUUUAUGUUCAAAUUGUAGGCCAGGCAUCAAAAAGUUGGAGAGAAGCCUCUUCUGUCUGUUUCAACAUUUGUCCACGUACUUCUUCUUCGUCAAUCAAAGAGAAACUAAUCCAUUGCAUUGCAAUUAAUAACUACCUCAAGUUCACAAUGCAGUGGGAGGCACUUGCUCUGUUGCUGAUAGGGAUUAGUGUAAAUCAGCUGCGUUAUCUUCCUGAAGGUUCUCAUGUGGAUGUCAGGUAAAUUGUUGCUGAAUUCAAUGGUUUACUGAAUCUCUUGACUGCCUUAAUACAGCUUUGGAACAUUGAUGACUGCUACAUUGCAAUGGGAAGGGAUACCUACAUAUAUCGUUGGUAUAGGCAGAGGAAUAAGUGCCACGGUUGGACUAGCGGCUACGGCCGUCUCUCAACGCUGAGAACUGGCCUCUGGUCAUUGUGGUCUCAGCUAAUUUUUCAGGUGCAUGACCAGUAGACAUACUCGGAGAAACGCACAAGGAGAGUUAGUUACAUUUAGCAACCAGGAGCUAGCAAGGUUAGAAAGAACAAAUCGUCAACAGCAAGGGCAAACCAACACCACUAUGGGUGAUCACGCCAAUCAAGAGCAACUCACUGCUUAGUUGCAACAGAUGCAACAACAGAUGCAACAACAGAUGCUUCAAAUGCAGCAGGCCAUCCAAGCUCAGCAGGAUGCUGUUGAACAGGCUGCUCUCGCGCGGCAGGAACAACAGGCGCAGACUGUUCCAAUCGGACAGAGAAACCUUCCUUGCAACAUCCCUGCUACGCGCUCUGCCAUUGUUCCUCCACUCUGCACCAGGCAGGACUUCGAGAUCAAGCCUUCUUUGAUUGGUCUAGUACAAAGAAAGGUGUUCUCUGGUCUCUCUACAGAAAUUCCAAUGGAGCAUAUUGAGAGCUUCGAAAAAGUCUGCAGUUUCACUCGUGCGAAUGGUGUUCCACCAGAUUAUAUCAGGUGCAUGCUAUUCCCAUUCUCUCUUGACGGAAAAGCUGCACGGUGGUUGAACUCUCUCCCUACCGGCUCUCUCACUUCAUGGGAACAGGUCCGAUCAGCUUUUCUAAGCCAUUUCUACUCUAAGGCGAGAACAGCUGCAUUGAGGAACAAGAUCACCUCCUUCAGACAGCUCAUUGAUGAGCCUUUCUGCGAUGCAUGUGAGCGCUUCAAUGACUAUCGAAGAGAAUGUCCUCACCAUGGAUUUGAUGAUGAUUACCUCCUGGAUAUUUUCUAUGAUGGAGUGGACUCGAAAUACCAAGGUGCUCUGAACUCUGCGAGCAAUGGAGACUUCAUGACUCAAACCACUGAUGGAGCGUUUAAGCUGAUUGAGAACAUGGCUGCUAGCUCAGCUAAUAAGAAAGAGGAGAGUGAUUGCUCCAUGAAAGGGAACAGUUCUGACACCCAGAAAAUAGAUGAGCUGACUGCCAAGGUUGAUCAGCUACUGAAAAACAACCAAGGGCACGUCUUCAGCAUGGAGCAAGCUACGGCCGGACAUAUUCAGAACCAGAACAAGCGACAACCGCAGAGCAAUCAUCAAGCUGUUCCAGCUAACGAGAACAGUCAACCCGAUGAGCUGCAAAGUCUGGGUAUGAUGAUGCAACAGAUGUUGCAGGGUCAGCAGGUUCAGGCCAAGGUGUUGAAUCAGGUAACCACAGAAAUUGACACCAGGAUGGGCAACAUGUUCACUGAGCUGAAUAACAAGUAUGACAAUCUUGAGAUCCAUAUGAGAAAGAUCGAUGUUCAGCUUGCUCAAACAGCUGAGAGUGUCAAGAGGCAACAAGAGACGCUCCCUGGAAGAACUGAUAAAAAUCCAAGGACUGAGCACUGUAAUGCAGUAGAGCAGCCGUUUGCUGAGACUAUUCUAGUCGCAGAGGAGAACACAGAGCAGUCUGCUAGCUCUGAAGUGAUUGCUCCUAGCGAACCUGCUGAAACUCCACCAGUCCGAGUCUAUGUUCCUAAGGUUCCCUAUCCAAUUCCACCUAGACAUCUGAUGGAUCCCAUUAGUGAAGAGCAGCUGAUAGGUUUUAACAAGAUGGUGAGAAGGCUUCCUAAAGAACUUGCAUUCGAAGAUGCUUUGCAGAUUCGUCCAUUGCUCCAGUUCUUUAAAAACUGUAGAGAGACUCAAGAAGAGAUCAAGGUCCUCUAUACCAGAGCACUGUCUACGCCAGCACUGAAGGUAUUGCCUAAGGUUGAUGAUCCUGGAAAGUUUGUUUUCCCAUGUUCCAUCGCAGGAACAACCUUCAAGGACGCUCUUUGUGACUCUGGUUCUUGUGUGAAUCUCAUCUCAAAGGCUAUUGUAGACGAUUUAGGUAUUGCUGAUGUUGAGCGUUCUCAGCUGACCCUGACCUUUGCAAACUCUUCCAGAGCAGUCCCAUAUGGAACCAUCCGCAGCCUUCAUGUUCAAGUAGGGGAAUGCAUUGUUCCUGCUGAGUUUCAAGUUGUUGAGAUGAACAAGGAUCAUGAGAUGCCUUUGAUAUUUGGAAGGACAUUCAUGGCUACUGUCAGAGCAACCAUCGAUAUGCCCAACAAGAGAGUCUGCUUCUCCAACAUCAACAAGAAAAUUUUCUACAAGGCUGUACCCACCAGAUCUUCCUCAUCACACACCUCUUGCAUCUCAGUGUUUGAUGUAGAAAAGCUGAAGGUUGUUCCAGAGAAGGAGCAUGGUGAUAAGGGUGAGAGCAGACUGUUCUUUGAUGAAGAUCCUAGCACUGAUCCUACUAAAUUCAGAGGGAAUUCAAGGGUGAAACAGAAAGUCCAGAAGAAAAGGGUCAAGGGAGAUCCUACAAUGACUUUGAUACCUCUCAAGUGUGAUGGGAACUCCAUUGAGUAUGAGGUAAAGUGCAAGGGUACUUCUAAACCUUUCUCUAAAGUCAGAGCUAUUCUCACACAUGAGCUGAAGGAGAAAGGAAAAGCAGCUGUGAAAGGGUUGUUGAGCAGAGUUCUGGAGCUGAACAUGUCUGAUUGUGGAGCUUGUUUUGGAACAAGCCCUCCUGCUCAACCCGACUGAUCCCAGUCACCAAGUCAAGCUAGAGACUUAAACCAAGCGCUUGGUGGGAGGCAACCCACUGGUGAGUGUCAUUAACAUUAGGAUUUUCUUUUUACUUAUUUUUGUUUUUAGUUUGUUGAGUCUCAGGUCAUAAAUCAAAAAAAUCUGAGACCCUUGACUAGAGCAAGCAGCUGGCUGCUCUCAUUCCAGAGCAUCCUUUACCGGAGCAACCGCGUCUUGCUCUGUCAGGCUGCUCCGCGUCAGGUAAGUAUCUCGAACAAAAAAAUGUUUAUUCUUGAUUUCACCUUCUCUCUGAUUUAUUUUCACACCAGGGACGUUGUGAAGUAAGUCUGGGGGAGGGUUUUCGUCGUUUACUAACUCGUUUCUUUCUUUUUUUUUUUUUCUUUUGGGUCAAUUUGAGUCAGUUUUUAUUGAGUCAGUCAAAAUUUGUGGGAAUUAGGACCUUAUUCCGUGUUGAUCGCUAUCCACCUCGUGCUUUAGUUAUCUUAUUCUGUGACCUUAGCAGUGGCGAAAGACACACAUGUGGACCUGGAACACCCUGACAUAUCUCACUUGAUUCUCCAGAAGUUCUCAACCGAUCAGGUUACACUGGGUAGACUUAACUCCACCUUACUUGAACCUAAUCUUAACUGAAAUUCUUCUUGAUAUGGGCAUUAGAUCAGGGAAACGAAAACACACUCAGGACUUCUUAUCCUUUUUAUCCAUCUUGCUGAUCCUGAGUGGCUAACUCAUCUUUAGCUAGUUCUCACCCUGCACCUUAGCCUUUAUUCCACCUUCAUGCAUUUGUUUUUCAGUGUCAUAUGUGCAGAUAUGUGCAAAAAGGUCGGAGAGGAAAUGAUCAACGCAGCCUCCUACUCAUUACUGUUGCAGAAAUUAUGUCAGAAAGGAGAACAAGCAGAUUAAGGGAGCAACCGCUCCAUAACCAAUGAACUGUGCAAGAGCAGGGAUGGAGAACCAGAAUGGUCGCAAAAUCAGAACCACCAGUGGCACUCAGAACGAUCAUGUAUUACCUCCUUCUUCGUCACAUCACCAUAUCAGUCUUCAAAAAAAAAAAAAAAAAAAAAAAAACGAGAUUAAUGUGAUGGA